UUCUACGAAUGUAGUGUAGGCAAUUCCUAAAUAGGAACUGUGAACAGAGUUGUGCGAAACGCAGAGAUCUGAAGUGGGGGCGUAGUUAUCAGAAUUGAUGCAGAGGCCUACUGUUUAGUAGAGCAGUUAAAGGAGACAUUUUUGUGACUGUGUUUUGUGUAGGCAGUCCACGCACAACAUUCAGAAAUGGCGUUAACGGGAUGUUACGCCGUUUUGAAGUUCCUUUUGUUUAUCUUUAACUUCAUAUUCUGGUUGGUGGGACUGACAAUUUUGGUUUUUACUAUUUUACUGCUCACUGACAAGACAUCAUACCUGAGCAUAACUGAAGAUGAUGGAAAUUAUUAUACAGGCUUAUACAUUCUACUCGCAGCUGGUGCACUAAUAUUUAUAGUUGCAUUUUUGGGCUGUUGUGGAGCAUACAGGGAGUCUCCUUGUAUGCUUGUAUCGUUCUUCUGUUUCCUUCUCAUAAUAUUGGUUGCGGAAAUUGCUGCUGGAGCGUGGGCUUAUAGCAAUAGUGACCGCUUAAAGGAACUAGUCAGUCAGAGUGUUACUGCAACCGUACAAGCUGAUUAUGGAACAUCAGGAGCUGAUUCACGUACAGCUACAUUUGAUGCUAUACAGUCUGGAUUGAAAUGCUGCGGGGCAUCUGGUCCAGGUGAUUGGGCUAAUAGUAAAUUCAAUAUGCGUGACAAAAAUAUAGUGGAAGUGACAAUUAAGAAGGCUGUAAAUGUUUACAACAUUCCUGCUAGCUGCUGCAUUGAUGGAAUUACGAAAAAGGAAUGUGAAGAAGGGCGCACAGUGAUAUUAACUGCUGCUAUAAACAGACAAAUUUAUUCUGAGGGCUGUGUCGACAAACUGAUUGAACUCCUUCAGCAGUAUGCAAAUAUUUUGAUGGGUGUUGGCCUGGCACUUGCCACAGUUGAAGUUCUGGGUCUUAUAUUCUCACUAAUACUGUGCUGUGCUGUUCGUUCAGAGGACAGAUACAAAGCUUAAAUUUUUUCCUCUACGGCUAUUUUAUUUGUUAAAUGAGAUAUAAAACGACUUCUUUCUCAAUGCACACAAUUAACAUAAAGGACCAUAAUGCGCUUACAUACUUCAUGGUACAUUUAUACAGAAUAUUUUUAUGAAACUUAUACUGUGCAAGAAGUUUGAAUCUCUUAGCCUGCCUGUUUUUUGGCAUGUUGUCUUAUUUGUUAGAUCUGAAGGUAGCAUUGAAUCAUUUAUAAUUACUUCUCACUUCUGCUGUAAGAUUUUUAAAUCAUUGUUUAUAGAAUUUCAUAAACUUUUUAUAUGUGCAAAUGCUCAGAUUUUUUGUUAUUUGCUUGAAUAAGUCAUGACAAUCUAAUUUAUUUGUAUGUUGUGAUGGAUUAUUGUCAUAGAUUAAUAGGCAAGUUCACCUUAUACAAGUUUAAAGUUGAUAGCUGGGUUGGGAAUGUUCUUUUUGUUCCCAGAACAGUAGUAUUUAGCUGUUACAUGUUGUCUGUCAACUUCUUCUCUCCCUCACACGCACACACAGUAUUUCUUAUAUGGGUUUAGUUUUCAACAUUCAUAAAUAUUUGAAGUCUUUAUUUUUUUAAGGGUAGGCAUAAUUUUGUCUUUGGUUAAUGUCUGAACCUGUUUCCUCCUAGCAGCUUGAUAUUUGUGGCCUGCAGUCUUCUUCCUGCAAAGAUCUGUGGAUUAGUAAAGUUUCAUAACAUAUUUGCACUAGAAAAGAAAAAAAUCUCUGUCAGUCAUUAAUGUACAGUAACUUGCAUUUUAAUUUCACACUGUUUUUAACAACUAAUGCAUUGUAGCAUAGUUGAUAUGAGUCUAUUUUUAAUAUUUUUGAAAUGGCUUAUUGGUUGAAGCAAAAUGUCUUAAAAUUGUGGCACUUACAGGAAGAGGUCUCACUGCUUGUAACACUAGAUAAAGUUGAGUUGUGUGGUUAGAAUCAAAAUCUGUUGUAGUGAUGUACUAUAUUUAAGAAUUUAAAGUAUCUUGUAGUAAAUGUGUAACUGUAGAAAUUUUAAGUUUUAAACUUCUUCAGACUUUAAAAUGUGGCACAAAACUUAAAAGCACUCAAGCAAGGAAUUUGCUAGCAGUCAAUGUCACAGGUUAUCUGUAAUUCAGUUUUCCACCCUAUUCUCUGAGUUAGUAGGGAGGGAUUAAAAAAAAGGUAGCAUAAUGUGCUGAUGUUAGUCAUUUAAUUUAUACGUAUCAGUUUAAAUUGUUCAGUAGCAAGUCAUUGAGAGACAAAAAAAAUUGUAGAUAAAGUGGAAGCCAUUGUGAAAAAUACAGCACAAUUUUGUAAUGGUAAAGUCUUGCCAUAAUUUGUUAGUACAACAUUUUGUGUGUGAUGAGUUGCAAAUAUAAUUUUUAAGUUCAUUGACAUACAAAGCACGGGAAACUAUAUUUCUGUGUACGAUGAGUGCUUGUUGGAUGUUCAGCAACUUUCAACUUUGGAAAAAAAAGGCUGUUUUAAUAAAAGUUAUUUUGUCUUUUAUCAUUUCAUGUCUCUCUCUCUCUCUCUCUCUCUCUCUCUCUCUCUCUCUUACUCACUGUAUGUUUCAUUUGACAUAAAAUACUCAAAAGCUUUAUUAUUUUUUUUUUCAAACAGUACUCAAAAAUCUUCAGUUUAUGAGAGUUACUGAAGUAUGUGGGUGACAGUAAUGUAUACAGCUAUGAAUAUGACUGCUUAAAUAUUAUGACCAAAUAAAUUUGGUAAAAGUUUUAUUCUCAUAAGAUGAUUGUCAUGAUUAUUUUAUAUUUUAAAUUUUUUUUUUAUUUCUUGGACGUAUCCAGUAUAAGUGCCAUAAAGCACUCUAAUACUUAUCUGCAUAAGUAACAUAGUUUGUACAGUUUUGUAAUUUAUGGUCAUUAGUUUAAUCUUUAUAAUUUUCAAAGACUUGUGCACCACUGCAGUUUAACAGUUCUUUGUACUUGUGGAGUACCAAACAAUGAAAUUGCAGUUAGGGCUUGUCAUGAGAAAUUUUGCUAUAAUACUAAUGCAUUUUCAUUAAUAUAAGUCAUGACUUGUAAUAGUGAAUAAGUCAUGACUUCCCUUAAAAUUUUCAAUGAGAACACUUAAAAGUGUAAUGCCAUAUCUGUAAUUCUUCAUUCUUAGGGAGCUAUUUUUUGUCACUCCUAUUUCCAAAGAAAAUUAAUUUUGCGCAGUUUGGACUACUAUGUUACGGCAAGUUACAAAUUUGGCUUGGGACCAGUUUUUUCCAAUAUAUUCUAUUUUUAUAUGGUGGUGCUCUCAUGUGCUGAACUUACAGGUACCUACUUUGAAUACCCUUAAAAUCAAAAUUCUAGAAGUACUUAACUGUCAAACUGUGAAGGGUUUUUUGCUCUAGAUACUCAUAAGGUUAUGCAUGAUAUGCUCUCUUAUGUUGACAAUGGUAAUCUCUUGACAUUUAUAAAAUAAAGACUGUAUCUAAAGCCAAUUUGUUAAAAUGAAGAGUAGCUUUGGAUUCAAUCAUGAUUGUAUUUUUCCAACUGUAAUUUUGUUUGUUACAUCCUCACUCGAUUAGUUCAAUUAUAUUUGUUUAAUUACAAAUGUGAAUGAUAUUUUUGUAAAAAAUUUUCAUAAUUUAUUGCUCCCUUGAUUCACAAAGAUGUGCCAAAUAUUUUCACUCGAAUAGAAAACAUCUUUUUAAAAAAAAAGAAUUAAGUUGUACUCCAUAUUAAAGGAAACGGAUGGAAUACUGGAAUGCUAAUGGUUGUUACUUAAGUGAACAUAAAGAUUGGGAAGUAAUCAUUACAUAAAUGUUGAGUCUUAUUUGUAUUGCUAGUCAGUAAUGCCCCUCUAAUGUGUUCAGAAAACAUCUUUCUAUAUGCAAAUUAAGAAUUUUACGUUUAUACUUCUUAAAAGUAUUCCAACCAAAAUGCUUUUGCCAAACACUUUUUAUGUUACGCAGAGAUAUGGGCGAAAAUGCAAUAUCUAGUGCCCUGAAAAUCCAGGAACAUUGGAAGACUUUUGUUAGAGAAACUUCUAAGGAAUGUACAGCAUUAUUAACGUAUAAAUGAGAAAAUAGACAAUAAUGACAUUAGAAAUCCAGUCUACUGGCAUAAUUUCAAUCAUUGUGCAGCACACAAAUCAGUGAAGGUUGUAAUUUAUUCUGUGUGUUUUAGUAUAUAAGAGAACAAUCUGAAUAUAAAUUCACUGUUAUAACACACGUUUACAAAUUUAUCAGUUGUUGUAAGAUUACAAAUUAAAAACUUACGCUCAGAAAGUUUACUUUUAAUUUGGAAAUACUGAGUGACAGCUCUGCCUUGCCUGUGUGUUUGUAUCACUGGUCAUAUUUCUUUGCAGUGUUGUUAAAUACAUGUAUGUGCAGAGUAUAUGCCAAUGAAAAACUAUCUUAGACUGAAGUUAAUAAAUAAAUUUAUGCAUUGUUAAUAUAGAUUUUUUAGUAUUACCAUUUAGAAUGAGAUUGAUUCAUUCUUGUCUUUUGAAACCAGGGUUUAAGCUUUAAUGGCACAGUUUUUGUUUUUUUUCCUCAUUUCGUGGUAACUGAAAUGGAAGUAUGUAAAACAUAAUGGUGGAAUGAUAUACAGCUUACACAGAUAAUCUCCUCACAAGUUACCAUUAAGCCAAAUAUUAGUGUUUUUUAUGCUAUUAUGUAUUGUAAGUUACUGUCGAUGACAUUUCAUGUAACUAUCUAGUCAUAAAGCUGUCACAUGCCGAAACUGUUGCUUGAUCAACAGUUACUUUCAUAUUGACUUUGUAGCUUCUUGAACUACUUUAGAUAAAGGAGUAUGCUAAAAGUAACUGAAAGAAGGAAUAACAUCAUAUAUUAUCAGCAUAUUGUUAAUUGUUUAGAGACACAAAUGCAACACUGAGCAUGAUGUGAAGAGUAAUUUUCUUUAUUUGUAUAUUAAAACUCUCACGAAUUCGCUUAAGCCCUGGUUUAACGUUAAUGUCGCCAUGUUGUAACAGUUACCAAAUAACGUAGUAAAGAUCAAUUAGUAGUUAAGUGUAAUUAUUUAAAGAAUGUAUUAAAAUGCUAAUUCCUGUCAUCCUUCUGACUUUUUUUAAUAAAACAUUUUAACUUA